AUGAAAAAGGCUCAGGAAAAAGUUGGUUGGCUGCUGUGCCAGAAUCCAGGGCUCUUUGAUGAUUUCAACUACUAUGUUGACUUCAGCUUCACUAUAGACGAGUUUGAGCAGAAUCGGGCUGGGUUAAUGAUGAAGUACAAGGCUAUGACACACACACACUUUGAGAAGUUGUACGAAUACAGGUCAACUUGGGUGCCGUGCUACUUCAAACACAGGUUCUUCCCCUUCCUACAGUCUACACAGCGUAGUGAGGGGUUCAACGCCGUCCUAAAAAGAUAUGUGAACCCACACAACUCAAUGUUUAACUUCUUCAAGCAAUAUGAAAAAAUUCAGAACCACAUCCUUGCCAAGGAAGGCUACAAUGAUUACAGAACAGAACACCUUGAGAUUGAGCUAUGGUCCAACUUCCCAAUAGGGAGGCAAGCUUACAAAACCUACACUAGGGACCUUUACCGCAAGUUCAGAGAAGAGUUUGAGCUGAUAGGACGUUAUAAUGCGUUCCAAGUUGGUGCUGACCUUUUUGAGCUCAGACCAAACCAGGAAUUUGUUGCCAAAUAUGGUUCUCGAAACUACUUGGUGCAGGCAAGGGUGGAGGAGGGUUCCUAUUUGUGUGAGUGCUGCAAAAUGGACAAGGACGGCAUGCUCCGUUGCCACAUCCUGAAGGUGUUCACCCAUCUUGGAGUUGAUGUCAUACCGGAAAGUGGCUCUGAUGCAGCACAGGAAAUUGUAUACAAGCAUAUGCGUGGAGCACGUACCGAGAUUGGCCACCUGAACAAGUCCAAGAAAAAGAAAAAAACUGCUGCGAUGGGGCCAUCAGAUGAUGGCAACCCUCGAGGACCUCCUCCACCUGUGAUGGCAACCCUCGAGGACCUCCUCCACCUCCUGGCCGUACACGGCAUGCUCCGCCACCUCCUCCCCCGCCUGGCCCAACUAGCAGUGCCCCGCGUGUUCCUCCCCCAAUGGCCCUACAGGCAACAUUCAGGGGGCUCAUCGUCCAGGUGA